UUUUAGGCUCAAUAAAUAGUUCACAUAACUUCUAAGGUCACUGAGCCCAGAGAGUUUAAGGGACCUGGGCUGAUGGCUGAGUUCCGUGAUCCUACCCAAUGACAGCAAUGGUGGCUGCAGGGCAGACCCCAAGUAACACCAGCCAGACUGACUCCGAUGUGCACAGGCCUAGGUCACUAGGGACAACUAGAGGGGCUGUGGGUGGAAUCACGCCCACAGCGAGGCAGGGGCGUGCGUGGUGCCAUCUGGGGGCCUAAAGCAGGGCUGGGAACUCAGCCCAGCACCCCCUGCCCACCCUGGGCCCCAGCUCACACGCCUCUGCAACAGCCCUGGCUUCUGGGCUCAGGCUGCCACCCCAGCCCCAGGCCUUUGUGAAUGUCCAGGGCUCAGACCUCAACUGGCUCAGACCGCAGCGCUGACCUUGACCAUUCUGGCUACCCCUCCCUGAAUUCCAUUGGGCUCCUCCUGUGACACACCUAUGAUCCACAGAUCAUGAGCAAGUUUUCAGGGAGUGGGAUUACUGUAGAUUUCAACUUCACUGUCCAAGUCCCGCUGCCUUCAGUAAGCUACCCCGCAGGGUGCCAGGCAGAGGCCAGCCUCUCCAGACCGAAGAAGAGGCAGCCUCUGUGGCCAAGCCAGAAGGUGACCCACCACUCAGUCCCACGUCUCCACCAGUCCUGCCCACAGCCCUGCUCACAGGAAGCCAUGGAAGCAGCAACCCAGGCCUUCCUCCUGGCACUGGCAGGCCUGCCCGUCACGGAAGCCGGUGACCUGUUUGACUGGGAGAGCCUGCAGCUGGGUGGUACGAUCUUCGCGGGGCUCCUGUGCAUCGCGGGGUUCGCCUGGGCCCUGAGUGGCAAGUGCAAGUGCAAGCAGAGCAAGGAGCCCAGCCCUCCACCCAAGGGCACCUCACUCCUCAACGCAGGUGCCAGUGGCUGCUGAGCUAAGGACCCACAGGGGGGCACUCACUGCCCACUGCCUCGAUGCCAGCUCCCUCCCAGAGCUCAUCUGUCUAUUAAAUAGUCCCCCCUCUGUGCUCAUCUGUCUAUUAAAUAGUCCCACCUCUG